UUAGUAUUAUAUUAUUUAAUUAUAAUAAUAAUGCAUUUAAAUUAUUCAAAAGAUUGAAAAUAAACUUGAUGUUAGUAAUCAGAAUCAAUGAACAACAAAGUUAGGCAAGACUCAUUUGCUUUUCAAUUUUAAACCACGUUUCACAUACUUAAACUUUUCAUUACGUUUAAUGUGUUAUAAAUGGAGUAUUUUCGUAUAAUUUUAACCUUCAAUUAAGAGAAGGUUUAAAACAAGAACCGAAUUAAUGAAAAACAAGACUUCUGUCUACCUAAAUAUCAGAUACUACAUCAUUUGGAGAAAAGUGAGAUCCUGUGAAUCAUCAUCCAGACAACAGAAUUAAUUCUUAACCUUAAAUCUUAAGAUUAAUGUUGAAACAAGUUUAUCAUUCAGAUUUCUCAUGACAUAUAAAACAUAAUGGCUGUGGGGAUAAGUAGGAAUGGCAGUAAUGGUGAUCCAAUUGUACAGAGAUUAUUAUCUUCACUUGAACAAGUAUGUAAUAAAGUAGAAGGUGGGGAUGAUGAAAGGAGUUUCCUGUAUAAUCUUCUUCAGAGUAGAUCUUUCCAAGCCUUAGUAUUUGUACAUAAUAAAAUUAUCAAUCAAGAUGGCAGGGAUAUUCAACCUUCUAGUCAAAAUGUUAUUGGUAUUACAGAGGAGGUUUUAGAAGAGAUUAGUGAUAUUCCCAAUGAUACUGCAAAGGAACUAAAAGAAAUACUGAGUGGACCCUAUUUUAAAGCUUUCAUUACUGCUCAUGACCAAGUUGCAAGAAAAGAAUUUUUACCUAUAUUGCCAGAAGUACCCUAUGAAGUGGAUGAAGAGGAGGAAACAGUUAAAAUUGUACAGUUAGUUAAAAGUAAUGAACCAUUGGGAGCAACGAUAAAAUAUGAUGAUGCAAGUGGAGCAAUAAUAAUAGCUAGAAUUAUGCAUGGAGGAGCAGCUGAUCGAAGUGGUCUUAUUCAUGUUGGAGAUGAAGUUCAUGAAGUGAAUGGAAUAAGUGUUCGUGGGAAAACUCCACAUGAUGUUGUUAAUAUUCUGCAAGCUAAAGAAGGAACAAUCACUUUUAAAUUAGUUCCUGGAGAAGAUUGUUUUCCUGCACGAGAGAGCCGUGUAAGAGUGAGAGCACAUUUCAGUUAUGAUCCUAUGACUGAUGCAUUAAUUCCCUGUAAGGAAGCUGGUUUAGCAUUUUCAAAAGGGGAUAUACUACAUAUUGUAAAUCAGGAAGACCCAAACUGGUGGCAGGCUCGUAGACAUGGUGAAAGAAAUUGUAGAGCUGGUCUUAUUCCUGGACGACAACUACAAGAAAGAAGAUUAGCUGCAAUGCGUGACAUGUCUGAACAGAAUGAUGAAAUUAUUCCUGGUUGUCAGUUACCAGUUAGAAAAGAAUUCAGGCCAAGAAAAAUUAAAAAGAUUAUGUAUGAUGCUAAAGAAAAUGACGAUUUUGAUCGUGAAGAAAUAGCAACAUAUGAAGAAGUAGCAAAAUUGUAUCCAAGGUUAGGUUUACAUAGACCUAUUGUAUUAAUUGGCCCACCUGGUGUUGGAAGAAAUGAAUUAAAAAGACGUUUAGUUGCCACUGAUCCUGAUCAUUAUAAGCCCACAAUUCCAUACACUAGUAGACCUCGUAAACCUUGGGAAGUUGAUGGCAAGGAGUAUUAUUUUGCAUCUAGAGAUUUUAUAGAAGAAGAAAUAAGACAAGGAAGAUUUGUUGAACAUGGAGAAUACAAGGGUAAUCUGUAUGGUACAAGUUUGGAGACAAUCAGAUCAAUUAUUAAUGCAGGAUAUGUUUGUGUUACAACACCUCAUCCACAGGCUCUCAAGAUGUUGAGAACACCUGAACUCAAGCCUUAUAUAAUAUUCAUUAAGCCACCACCAUUUGAACAGUUGAAAGAAACAAGAAUUCUUUCUAAUGCAAGAUCUACUUUUGAUGAAACAUGUUCACGAGGAUUUACUGAUGAAGAAUUUCAUGAAAUUGUUUACAAUGCUCAUAAAAUUGAAUUCUUAUAUGGACAUUUAUGCGAUGUUACAAUUGUUAAUGAUGAUCUUGCUCGUUCAUUUGAUGAAUUGCUGGCCAUUGUCAAAAGGGUAGAAGUAAUGCCUCAGUGGGUACCUGCUAGUUGGGUUGCAUCCAGUUAA